AUGGAAAUUAAAAAAAAUACUAAUGAUAACAUUAAUGAACUUAAAAAGAAUAUCAUUAAUAAUCCAGCAUUUAUUAAAGCAAAUAAAAGUGAUAGAGAGAUAAUUUUAAACAAUGAUUGGUAUUUAGAAAAUACACUUAUUAGUAGAAAUUAUGAUUUAGAUGUUACUCAAGCUGUACUUUUAGAAGCAUUAAAAUGGAGAAGUAAUAUAAAUAUUAAACGUGUGUCUAUACUUGAAUUUAAAUCUUUACUAGAAAGUCAAUUAAUGUAUUUUCAUGGUUUUGAUAAUAAUAAUAAUGAAAUAUUAUGGAUUAAUUUAACACGCUUUGAUAAUCAAUCAGAAAGUAUAAUAAAAAAAUUAACAAUUUUUUUUCUUGAACGUCACUAUUUUAUGACAAAAGGAGCUCCCAUUGCAUUAAUGGUUAAUAUGUAUCAAGCCUCAAUUUAUACUUUGAAUAUAGAUUUUUUUAAAUUUCUUUUUAAUGCUUUUAAGUAUUAUUAUCCAAAUUAUUUAAAAUCUAUAUAUUUAUUUGAAUCAUCAUUGUUGAUGCAAUCAACUUGGAGAAUUAUUAAAUCAACUUUUGAGAAAGAACAAAUUGAUAAUUUUUAUACAAUUUCAGGUGAGACAAUUAAUAAUUAUUUACCCAAAAAAUAUAUUCCAACAUCUUUUGGGGGUGAGGACAAUUAUAAAUUUAAUAUGGAAGACAUGGCCAAAUAUACAUCUUCCCAUGAUUGUCAAACAGACUCGGGAUACUAUGAAACAUCUACUUUGGAACAACAACCACACUUAAAUACAUCAUUUGUCCGUAAAACAGUCUCAUUUGGUGGAGAUGAUGAUGAGGAUGUUCGAAGAGUGUCACCAUUAGUUAUGUCUUCAGAUGGUAAUAAUUUAAUGACAUCUUCACAAACAAGUGAAGGUAACUUUGAAAAUAAUAGAAAUUCUUCUAGAAUAGGAUUAAAAAAUUCAAAAGGACAAUUACCACCUUCUGUACCACCAAGAAGUAAUUCUGUUAGAAAAAAUAAUCAUAUUCCAUUAUAUCUAAAACCAUUAGUUGAGGAAAAAAUUAAUGCACCUCCAGAUGAGUGGUUUACAAGUGAUAUAAUACAAAUGUGUCCCUCAACAACUAUUUCUCUCAAAUCAGUAGACAAUGAAAAUGAUUUAGUUGAAAUUAUUGUUAUAAAAAAUGUAUCUAAUCAAAAUAUAUUUUAUAAAAUAAGAAUAACAUCACCUGAAAAAUUUAGAGUUCGCCCAUCAACUGGAAUUCUUAAACCAAAUAGUCAAGAAAUAAUAAGACUUUACCUACAAAAUGAAUAUAAAACAUCCAUCUCCAGAGAUCGUUUUUUGUUAAUGGCUAUAGCUGUUAAUGAUAAUUUAAAAUUUGAAGAUUUUGGUAAAAUAUGGCAAGAGUCGAGUGAUGAUAAAAAAGUUGAAAGAAAAUUAACAUGUAAAUUAAAGGAAAAUUUAAAAAAUGAACAAAAUUUUGAGCAACCAAUAUCUGUAUUAAAAAAAAAUUCAACCAUAGAAUUUAUAAAACAUCAAAAUAAUGAUAUAUCAAGUUUAUUUUUUAGACAAAAUAUUAUAAUUUUUGCCAUUGGUAUAUUGAUAAUUCUUCAACUUAUAAUAUUACUAAAAUUAAAUACAAUUUCUUUUUCUACAACAACUCAAUUACCUUCUAAUGAAAAAUGUUUUUCAAAUGAUAGAAAUAAUUUACCCGAAGAUGAAUUGUAA